AUGUAUAUUGGUAUUUCCAAAGACUGUUAUUUUUUGAUUCAGUUAAUUCAUAAGCACACUAAUAUAAAAAUUGAACAUAUUUUACUUCGUUUAAAGAAAAUUAGACUAAAUAGCACAUUUUUAGAAUUAGAAGAUAAUUUUGGAAUAUCUCUAUCAUAUGCAAGUAAAAUAUUUUUGUCUAAUAUCCCAAUAUUAAGUAGUGUAUUAACCAAAUUUAUUGUUGCUUUAGACAAAAAAAACAUAAAAAAGAAUCUCCCAAUUGCAUUCAGGCACAAUUAUUACAAUGUCAGUUGUAUCAUUGAUUGUCUGGAAAUCGAUAUACAGAAACCCUCCAAGGCUUUAUAUCAGGCAUUAACAUGGUCAGACUACAAAAAAGGGAAUACUGUGAAGUAUUUAAUUUCAUGUACACCUAAUGGUUUAGUCAAUUAUGUAUCACAAGGGUUCGGUGGCAGAACCAGUGAUGUCACCAUAGUAGAAAACUGUAGCUUUAUAAAUGGGUUAGAGCCAGGAACUUACAUCUUGGCUGACAGAGGCUUUAAGCACCUUGAACCUUUACUUCAUGCAAAAGGAAUGAAAUUAUUAAGACCACCUAAUGUAAGUGCUGGUGCAAAAUUGACUAAAUCUGAAGUUCGACAAACUAAAAUCAUUGCAAGCUUACGAAUUCAUAUUGACAGAGUCAUAAGACGAUUAAGGGAAUUUCACAUGUUAAAGCAACAUUCAGUUAUAAAUACAAAUAUGCGUCGUUUCCUUGACCAUAUUAUUAUUAUUGCUUGUGCACUAAUUAAUUUGCAGGAUUCUCUAAUUAAAUAAUGUGGCUAGCUAGUUAAGGAAUCAAAAUGAAAUAAUAUAUUUUUACCUUUAUAAAAUGUUUUUUAUUGCUCACUCACAUAUAUUUGUAUUACAUAGUAAUAUGGGGUAUAUAUUGUGUUUCCAAAAUGAAUCUAAUUUAUUUAUUAAGUUAUUUACAUAAUCAUCAUCAUAGUAUUCUAAAAUGAUGUCAACUUUUUGUGUCUGCUCGAAGUUACUGUCCGCUACACAAAAAUAACAUUUUUGCAGACCAGUUGCAUACAUUUGCAGUUGCACCUGCGCUCUACAUUUUUCAGAAAGGAUGCCAUUUUUUAUAUAAUUUCCUUUAGAUUUGGUCUUAGUAGGACACUUUAUUUCUAUAACAGCAUCGUUCAUUACACCGUCAGGAGAUGCAGCAAUCACAGGAUUGUCUUUACAGAUAUAAAGCCCGCAGGAAGUUAU